GCUGUCUGACAAAACAUUCGAAAUAACAAGAAUUAAUGUAGUAGUUGGUUAUCAAAGGUAUCAUGUCGUGUUUUUUACGAAGCGCAACGCUGCCCUGAUUCAAAUUAGGAGGAGUUUAUCAGCGACGGAGUAGCUACGCUUUCAUUCAGCUCUACGUACUCCGAGGUGUACUUUGUAGAUAUCGUUGGGAAUAAUAAUAAAUAAGUGGAUAGCAAUUGUAGUUAGGAAGGAACUACGAGGCCCAAGGCGAAGUGAGCGUGAGUUUGCGUUCUCUUCUAAAAUCUUGUUAAACGAGCGUCGCGUCUAACGACCACCGACGAUCGAUUACGCAAGAUGACCAUUCUGUCGAAGAAGAAGACGAACGCCUCAAAAGAUAGACGAGAAGGAGGCAGCACUUCCGAAGUCGAUGUUCACGGAGUGCAAAACGAGCAUAGCUCCGGAUCCAUCGCACUGCCUAAUAGCCCAUAUCAGGUACGUGCAGCGAACGGUUUCGCGGUCGAUCUACACGGGGUACAGACCGAUCACGGAUCUGGUUCUAUCGUUCUUACAGGAAGCUCGUACGAGUCAAGUGUAGAUCGUAGAGAAGAUAAACAUUUUGAAGAAGGAAGUGGUCCCAGUCAUGGCAAACGACACAGACAACGAGCAAGUCCACACAGCACUGCAUCUUGCAGUGGCUUACAAGCUACAGAUGCUGGUGUCAUAGCCAACAAUCGAAUGGCUAUUGUUGGAGCUGCUGCAAACCUAGAACAUGAAUCAGCUAAUGGUUAUAAUAGUGGUGAUGAAUAUACUGGCCGAACUGGGAAUAAUCUUACAUUGGCUGAAUGGCAGGAGCGUGAUAGGUGGUUUGAAAAACGAAUGCGAAAAAUGGGAUUUAUUGUCAAAAAAAUGGGGGAGGAUGGAGCAUGCCUGUUUAGAGCUGUUGCAGACCAAGUUUAUGGUGACCAAGAAAUGCAUGGUGUAGUGCGGAAACAUUGCAUGGAUUACAUUGCUUCCAAUCAAGAGUUUUUUUCUCACUUCGUAGCGGAAGAUUUUAGCACAUAUGUAGAUAGGAAACGACAAGAAUAUGUACAUGGAAAUCAUAUAGAGAUGCAAGCAAUGUCUGAAAUGUAUAAUCGUAGCAUUCAGUUGUAUUGUUACAGUCCAGAACCAAUCAAUAUCUUCCAUACAAUGGUUGAAAGUGAUAAUGAACCGAUACGAUUGUCUUACCAACGUGGUAGUCAUUAUAAUAGCAUAGUAGAUCCGUAUAAAGCUACAAUUGGUGUUGGACUUGGCCUACCAUCGUACAAUCCUGGAUCAGCAGAUCGGCAACUUGUAUCAGAUGCAGUCCGUCAAAGUGAAGAGUUGCACAUUGAACAGACGAUGCUAGAAGAUAAAAUAAAAGCAACUGAUUGGGAAGCAACAAACGAAGCCAUAGAAGAACAAGUUGCUAGGGAAAGUUAUUUGCAGUGGUUAAGGGAUAAUGAGAUGCGAAAAGCUCGAUCAGCCAGUAGUAGCAGUACAAGUACGGUAACAAGUGCGCAACAUAGUCACACGCAUUUUCACUCUCAUGGAGGUCGUGGUCAACAACGUAGUCACACUUCUUCUCCAACCACGACCCAAACUAGCCAAGAUACUUUACGUAAUUCUCCGAAGGUAAACGAUUCGGUAAGAUACAACAAACGAUCCCCGCAACAUCAAUCGACUCAAGGAUCUACCAUAGCUCACAUCACCUCAGAAUUUGAACCUAAAAUCUCUCAAGAACCUGUACCAGGCAGCAGUAAAGAAGCUCAUGCUUCACCAGACAUCUCGUUGUUCAACCGUCUUCCUCCUGAAGUGUUUGGUUUGACCGAUUGGGAAGACAGUGAUAUCUUAAAACAAUCACGGAGUUCUACCUCCUCCGGAAACGAUACUAACAAUGUACUAGAUUCCAGUAACAGUUAAUUUUCAAAAUCGUUAUCGAUAAAGUUCAAAGGAAUACUGAAG